AUGAAUGAUGAAAAUGAAGCAUUAGAAAAAUUUAAAGGAAGACCUUUAUUUGAAAAUUUACAUAAAAUAAAUCAAACAAGUUUGCUGUCACAUAAAUCAUUAGAAAUAGAUAUGAAAGGAUUUUUCAAUUUAUUGGUUAUAUUAAUUUUUACGACAAAUUUCAGGCUUGUUUUAGAAAAUUUUAAAAAAUACGGUCUUAUAAUAAAAAUACCGAAAAAUUGUGAUCUUAUUAAAAAUCUUCCUUUAUUAUUAUGUUUUAUUUGCUUAAAUAUAAGUAUUUUUUUCAGCUGGUUUAUAGAAAGAUAUGUUACCUCAUGGUUAUAUUGCUGUGUAAAUAAUAAAUCAAAUACAACUUUUUCUGAUAAAAUAAAUCUGAAUGACAAUAGUGAAAUAGAUGAUUAUGAAUUUUUAAAUAAAAUUUACGAUACAAAUGCCGAUAAUAAUAAAACUUCUAAGGAAAUUUGUAAAAUCGAAAAUGAAAAUAUGAAAGAAGAAAAUAAAAAUGAAAAAUGUGAAUUAAAAAAAAGGGGAUUUUUAAAAAAAAAAAAAAAUACCUUAAAAAAAAAAAAAGUAAAAAAAAAAAUACAUGGUUGGAAAGGUUUUCAUUUAUCUAUAUUUUUAUUAAGAUGUAUAAAUAGCAUUUUUAUUUUAUUAUUUCCGUUUUUAACAAUAUCUCAUUAUGAUACUGAACCUAUAUUAUCAACAAUAUUAUUAUGUAUAUCUAUUGUUUGGUUUUUUAAGUUUUAUUCAUUUCAUCAAGUAUGUUAUGACACUAGACAGCUUUAUAUUGAAAAUGUAAAUUUAGAUACUAUAGAAAAUGAGAAUUAUGAGUUAAAAUUUGUCAAAAAUUAUCCUUAUUGUUUAAAACUGAAAAACUAUUAUACAUAUAUAUUAAUGCCAACUAUGUGUUUUCAAUUUAGCUAUCCAAGAACAAAAAAAAUUAGAUGGUUGCAUGUUUUUAAGCAUAUUAUUGAAGUAUUAUUAUUAAUAGUUAUGAUAAAAAUAAUAUCAGAUCAAUAUAUGUUUAUAACAGUUAAAAAUACAUUUACAAUGAAAGAAUUUAAUUCAGCACAAUUUUCAGUUAAGAUUACACACAUAAUUGAAAGAAUGCUAAAAGUUUCUAUACCAACUUUAUAUAUAUGGUUAAUUGGAUUUUUAAUUGUUUUUCAUCAUUGGUGCAAUAUAUUAGCUGAAGUUACGAGAUUUGGAGAUAGAUUAUUUUAUAAAGAUUGGUGGAAUGCCAGUUCGUUUGCUGAGUAUUGGAGAAAAUGGAAUUUGCCUAUACAUUAUUUUGUAAGUAGACAUAUAAAUAAACCUUUAAUAAAUUAUGGAAUUAAUAGAAAGUAUUCAAUGAUCGUUGUUUUUUUUAUAUCUGCUUUAUUACAUGAAUAUUUGAUAAGUAUACCCUUAAAACUAGGUUUCUCAGGAUAUAUAUUUUUAGCUUUUAUUUGUCAGAUUCCCUUAAUUCAUUUAACAAAUAAUGAAUUUUUUAAAAAACAUAAAACAAUAGGAAAUUCUAUCUUUUGGAUAGUUUUUUGUUUUACUGGGCAACCCUUGAUUUUAUUUAUUUAUUAUUAUAUGUGGAUAGAUAAACAAGGAAUUCUUAGAAACUAA